AUGAAAGCAUUUGAUGAUGAAGCUGUGGAGCUAGCUGCUUACCAGCUUAAAGAUGUGGCCGGCGCUUGCAAAGCUAAUGUGGUAGCAGAUGCACUUAGUAGGAAGUCAAUGGGUGUCUUGGCCCAUCUUGCAGUACAAAGGCGAUCUUUGGGUCGAGAAAUUCAACAACUAGCAAAUGAUGGAAUUAGAUUGGAUGAGACCGAAGAAGGAGAUAUAACUGCUUAUGCCUUAGUGCAAUCCUCCCUUGUUGCGCAUGUUAAGGCUAAGCAAGACGAAGAUCCGUACUUAGUGAAACUAAAAGAAGGAGUCAGAAGCAAAGAAAUCACUGCUUUCACUUUAGGAAGUGACAGAGUUUUGAAGUUGAAUGAUCGGUUAUGUGUGCCUGAUGUAGAUGGUCUUAGGAAGGCCAUAAUGGAGGAAGCUCACAGUUCGAGGUACUCUAUCCACCCAGGUGCUACCAAAAUGUAUCUAGAUUUGAAAGAAUUGUAUUGGUGGAAAGGCAUGAAGAAACAAGUAGCAGAUCAUGUGGCUAAAUGUUUAAAUUGGCAGCAAGUCAAAGCCGAGCAUCAGAGGCCUGACCGACUGACAAAGUCCGCGCAUUUCCUACCAGUAAAAAUGACAGAUUUCGCAGAGCAGUAUUCGCAGUUGUACAUCAAAGAAAUAGUCUGA